AUGCUCUAUGAAACUAUCUGUAAAGAAGAACAGGAUAGGCGUCUUAAUCUCGGACCAAGGAAAUUCACUACCUAUAUUCUCAAUUAUAUUGAGGCAGCCAUUAGAAAUGCUGGCGACCGAUACCUUCCUGCCCCCAGAAAGUCACUUGUUUGUGACGCUAUCUUUUGGUAUAAGCAGGUUGGUAAAAAAUGGUCUUUUGAAAACGGCCAUUUCACAGAGAUGCAGAUGAAGGCGUUGAUGUUCUAUGUUGCAGCAACUCGACCUGAUAUUAUUAGCCUCUGUAGCAAAUUAGAAUAUGCUAUCAAAUAUUUCCUGAGAUAUGAUCAGUUGUCAGCGCGUCCUACUUUGGUUGAGGUUCGAGAAAUGAUCGGGAUUCACAAUCCAAUGACAGUGAUCGUAGACUGA